AUGCCAAGAAGACAGGAGGUAUUGAGCACGCCUUGCGUCUACCCAGUCACCUUUCUCUCUUCGUGACCGUAGCAUAUGUUUUGCGACGUCGAUGGAGCUCUCGCGGCUUUGAACGGCGCCACAUCGAAGCUGCAGCUCCUUCCUGGCCUCUCGUUCGAUCCUUCACAAUCCUUCCACCCUCGUUCGUUGGAUUUUCCUUCAAAAAUUCGCCAAGAACGAGAACGAAGAAGAAGCGGCCAGCCAGAAAGCGAGCGUACGUCCAGUGUCGAUUCGUCGUCGAGUCGAGUUAAAAGAAACGGGAAAGAUACGAAAAAGGAAAUCGGUCGCGGCUCGAGCCGCCACUCGUUUCACCGGCUUUGCAUUUCCCUCGUUAACGAGACCCGAGCUUUUUUCACGCGUGUGCAUCCAGCUUCAGCCUUUAAUUGAAUCAUUGAAUCGGGAAGUUUGAGCAACCAACGGUGACGAAGAUGAUCAUCGUGAGCAGCGUGUUGCUCCUGCUGGCGGUCAUGUCCAGAGUGGGAUGCCAAAGGACCAUCCCCAGAAGCGCCAGGGCGAGCAGAAACGAAGCAGCUUUGGAGUUCGAGUGCCCUGAAGAGUUCGGUUACUACCCUCAUCCCCGUGACUGCACGCAAUACUACGUAUGCGUAUUCGGAGGUGCUCUACUCGAGUCUUGCACGGGUGGUUUGAUGUACAGUCAUGAAUUGCAGACAUGCGAUUGGCCACGUAACGUGGGCUGCCCCGAAGGUGGAUCUCCCGGUAAGGAAAACGAAGAAGAUCCGCUGUUGGAACGGUCAGCAAAGAUAGAAACCCUGCAGGAGCAACAACAGCAGCAGCACCAUCAUCAGCAACACCAGCAGCAGCAGCAACAAAGACGCGAACAACAGCAGCAAAGACGUGAACAGCAACAGCAGCAACGUCCCGUUCAGAGGCAACCGAUUGCGACGACCACGCCAAUUCCUGUUCAGCAGAUCACUGAAAAACCGAUUCGUCAGAGACAACAGGCUAGGAAUUACCACGAGGACGAGUACGAGCCUGCAACGGAAAUCGAAAGCGACAGGCAACAACGAGUCUACAGGGGUCAACCGUCCACCAUUGGUCAAGUGCAACGAGACAGGGAUGGUCUUCGAAGAAACGUGAUUUCAGAAAGAGAGAAAGAGAGUCUGGUAAGCACGCGUGCCCAAACGGAAGCUCAUUACAGGACGCAGGUACCAUCUUCAGAAUCACCCAGAGUCGCCAAGAUCCUGGCAUCCACCGCUGCCCCAGUGAUCUCCAAGUCUUAUUACAACGAUCCGGAUCAGAAUUAUCCCUAUUACACGAUCUACGACGACGACGUGUCCAUUUACAAAGACGAUGAUUACAAUCAAUACACCGUGAACCAGUCCGUGCCAGUUCAAUCGAGCGUCAAGAUCAGCGAGGUGAACGCGAAGCAGUAUCAAAAGCCGAAGAAGGUCGCGGUGAACGAAGCGGAUAAGUACAAUCUGAAUCAGGACGUCACGGUUCAGGACUAUGAUAUCUACGAGAAUCAGGCUCAACUGAACAAGAACAAGUUCCGGAUAAACGAUGGACAGUCGUACAGACCAAACGUUCUCAGCCACCCUGUCGUCCACGUGACGACGCCGAACGCCAUCGUGGACACGUUCAUUCCGUUGACGACGACCACUCAGACUCCGAUCACCACCAGCAGGUCUUACACGGUCAAUGCACCCAGCCGGGGUCGCCCGCAACAGAUCCAUCGCGGCACAGCACCACCGCGAUCGAGACCAACCUUGAAGCCGUCCACUGAAAUCGUGUCGAAAGCACAGGAGUUCAUCGACAUCUACAGGUAUCCAGCAACGAGGCCGUCGCCGAUUUAUCCGACUCCGCAGGUCGAUAAACCGGCAGCCAAGUGUCGCAAGGACGUUUGCUUGCUUCCUGAUUGCAGUUGCGGCGGGAUAGACAUUCCAGGUGGAAUUCAGGCGGAUGAAACGCCGCAAAUCGUCCUGCUCACGUUCGACGAUGCCGUGAACGAUCUGAACAAACCGUUGUACGCUGAUCUGUUCGAAAACGGACGUAAGAAUCCGAACGGGUGUCCGAUCUCGGCUACGUUCUACGUGUCGCACGAGUGGACCGAUUAUAGCCAGGUGCAAAACCUUUACGCGGACGGCCACGAACUGGCAUCGCAUACGAUCUCGCACAGUUUCGGUGAGCAAUUCUCUCAGCGAAAAUGGGCGCGAGAAGUUGCCGGACAACGUGAAAUCCUCUCGGCCUAUGGAGGCGUCAAGUUGGAAGACGUCAGGGGAAUGAGGGCUCCCUUCUUAUCGGUCGGAGGUAACAACAUGUUCAAAAUGCUGUGGGACACUAAUUUCACCUACGACUCUUCGAUGCCAAUUUAUGAAAAUCGUCCACCGAGUUGGCCCUACACCCUGGACUACAAGCUCUUCCACGACUGUAUGAUUCCUCCGUGUCCAACCAGGUCUUAUCCAGGCUUGUGGGAAGUUCCUAUGGUGAUGUGGCAAGACUUGAACGGAGGUAGAUGUUCCAUGGGAGACGCGUGCAGCAACCCACCCACCGCUGAUGGGGUUUACAAGAUGCUGAUCAAGAACUUUGAAAGACACUACACGACCAACAGAGCACCGUUUGGACUGUUCUAUCACGCCGCUUGGUUCACUCAACCGCACCAUAAGGAGGGCUUCAUUUCCUUCUUAGACACCAUAGUAGCCAUGGACGACGUGUGGAUAGUGACGAAUUGGCAAGCGAUUCAAUGGGUCAGGAAUCCCACGCCACUGGCUCUGUUGCACACCUUUGAACCGUUCGGGUGUAAUUAUCAGGAUCGGCCAAAGAAAUGCAACAACCCGAAAGUAUGUAAUCUUUGGCACAAGAGCGGCGUGAGAUACAUGAAGACCUGUCAAUCGUGUCCAGACAUUUAUCCGUGGACUGGUAAGACUGGAAUACGAAGCAGUCGUAUCGACAACGACGUCGACACGCACGAAUGAUCGAGAAAUAUCGACGUUCCGUGCGAUCGAGGCCCACCCAGCUAUAAAGAAGGAGACGAGACGUUUUCCACAGCGAUUCCAUUCAAAUCCCCGUCGUUAUUUCUAGCCACGUCGAACGGAAUGUUAUCCAGGCCGAGUACGCCAACGAAAUCAAACUCGAAAUCAUCUUCUUCCUUCAUUUUUCUACGAAAGUAAACGAGUUGCGAAGGAACGAUUUGCCACGUGGUGGGUCAUCGAGAUCAUUUAGCAAGAAACUAUCGCUGGAUCGGAUUCGGAGAAUCAUUCGCGUUUAAGUAAAAGAAAUUUCGUCUGUGAAAAACGUUUGUUGCCCGCUGAUUGUAUAUUAUAUUAAUGUACGUCGGUUAAGGGUUAAACGAACGUGUCGAGGAUUCAAGCACCGGGUCAAAUGAAAUUUCUUUGCCAUCGGAAGAAACUGAUACUUAGGUGUUGUGAUACGAUAAUGGUUGUUUAAAAUUGAUCAAACAAGGACGAGCAUCGUGUCGUUCGAUCCUAGCGAACGUGAUGCGAGAAUUUUUCAUUAAAAAAAA